AUGAGUGGCGGCGGCGCGGAGGCCGCUGUGGGUGGUGAGGCCCCCGCGGCGGGCGGCCACAAAAAGAAGGACUCGCUGGGGACCGCGGGCUCGCCAGCGCACCUCAUUAUCAAGGAUCUUGGAGAAAUUCAUUCAAGGCUGUUAGAUCACAGACCGGUUAUUCAGGGUGAAACCCGUUAUUUUGUGAAAGAAUUUGAAGAAAAACGUGGUCUUCGAGAAAUGCGAGUUCUUGAGAAUUUGAAGAACAUGAUCCAUGAAACAAAUGACCAUGCUCUUCCCAAAUGUCGAGAAACAAUGCACGACAACUUAAACCAAGUUCUCCAGAGAUUGCAAACAGCUACUGACUCAGUCUAUAGACUCCAACAGAGGGAGCAGGAACGAAAAAAGAUUUAUAAUGACCAUUUAAUAGCUAGUGAAAACCACCAUAUAAUCCAAUGGGAAGACUUCAUGAAAGAACAACACAACAAACAGGCUGAAGUGGAUGAAGAGCACAGAAAAGCUGUGGAGAGGCUUAAAGAACAAUAUGCUGAGAUGGAGAAGGACCUUGGAAAAUUUUCAACCUUUUAA